AACUCCUUCUUCCCUCCCGUUUCUCUCUUUUUCCCUCACCCUCUCUUUCAUUUUCUUACCAUCCAAUCACUAAUUUUAAGAUUUAAAGCUAAGAUUUCUGGCCAUGAAAUUUGGGAAGAGCCUCAGCAACCAAAUCGAGGAGACGUUGCCUGACUGGCAGGACAAGUUCCUUUCUUAUAAGGAGCUUAAGAAGAAACUGAAGCUUAUUGAGCCUAAGUCCAAUGAGAGGCCGAAUAAGCGGCUUAGAUCGGAUCAAAAUUCUCUCGGUGUUUUGGGUGCAGGAGAUAAAGUCGGCGAAGGCUACGGCAUGUCGAAGAAGGAGUCCGAUUUCAUUGAGCUUUUGGAAGAGGAGCUCGAGAAAUUCAACGCUUUUUUCGUGGAGAAAGAGGAAGAAUAUAUCAUUAGAUUGAAGGAAUUACAAGACAGUGUGGCGAAGGCAGAGGAUUCCAAUGAAGAAAUGAUGAAGAUUAGGAAGGAGAUAGUGGACUUCCAUGGCGAGAUGGUUUUGUUGGAGAAUUAUAGUUCCCUUAACUACACAGGAUUGGUGAAAAUAUUGAAGAAGUAUGAAAAAAGAACUGGUGAUUUAAUCCGCUCGCCUUUCAUUCAAAGGAUAUUGCAACAGCCGUUCUACACGACCGACUUGGUUUACAAGCUGGUUAAGAAAUGUGAGGCGAUGCUGGACCAUCUCUUCCCCAAGAACGAGAAGCGGGCACCAGCCUCAACCGAAGCAGCGAAGACCGGUUGCGAUGCUUCGACAUCUACGACUGAAGAUUUGGUCAGAAUGCCCAAGGAGCUACCGAAGAUAAAGCACAUGGAGAGCCUAUACAUGAAAAGCACCGUAUCAGCAUUGCGGGUAUUGAAGGAAAUUCGGAGUGGAAGCUCCACCGUUAGCGUUUUCUCAUUGCCUCCCCUGCAAAUAAGUGGAUUGGACGAGACAUGGAAGAAGAUCCAUGUUCUUGAACAAGCAGCCAAAUAGUGGAAUUUCAGCUCCUGGUGUUAUUUUACUUCUUUAACUUUAGUUUGGUUGUAGACUGUAAUUAGUUCUCCAACUUUUGUUAUAUCUGAAAAUAUAAACCUGUAGUCCGGUAAAAUUGGUCAAAUAAGUCACCCGGGUAUCAA